GCAGGGCGGGCUCGGAGCCGCUGGUCCCCGGAGUCCCUGCUUGCCUUUCCUGUCGCCUCUUCUCAACCUAGCACAAUUUCACCAUGGUGGAUGCCUUCUUGGGCACCUGGAAGCUGGUGGACAGCAAGAAUUUCGAUGACUACAUGAAGGCACUGGGUGUGGGUUUUGCUACCAGGCAGGUGGCAGGCAUGACCAAGCCUUCCACAAUCAUCGAAGUUAAUGGGGACGUUAUCACCGUGAAAACACACAGCACCUUGAAGAACACAGAGAUCAGCUUCAAGCUCGGGGAGGAGUUUGAUGAGACAACCGCAGAUGACCGAAAGGUCAAGACCACUGUGACACUGGAUGGAGGCAAACUUGUCCAGGUACAGAAGUGGGAUGGGAAAGAGUCAACACUUGUGCGGGAGUUAAUUGAUGGAAAACUCAUCUUGACACUCACCUACGGCAAUGUAGUUUGCACUCGCACUUAUGAAAAAGACGCAUGACUUGCCUACUCCUUCAUGAUGCUCUUCUGUCAACUGACUACUCUGGACUCAGAACCAGAUUGCCUCAAUUUUUCCUGUCAUUUUGUAUAACUCCACCAUGGUUGGGGAAUUCUGGAGUCAGGUAGCCCCAGCAUGGUUUCAAUUCCACUUCCAAUUGUGUUUUUUUUUUUAAUUGCAUACAAAGGAUGCUCUGAGGUCAAUAAACAGAGCCAAAGCCA